AUGGAGAACUCGCAAAACCACCUUGGUGCGGCCGCUACUCCCAUUCCGAAAAUCGUCAGCUCAGUGCUGCAGGAAGCUUCCACAGUGGAUGUCACUUCCCAUCCAGCUACUAUCAAUAAUAUUACUACUAAUCGAAUUGGAUCAUACCAAAAUCUAAGCAUCCUCGACGCCUUCUUCCAUCCAAACGAUUCACAAAACAAAGAGGGAAGCGCGUUCCCUCAGACACGCCUAAUCGCCGUCGCCGCAGCCGUCAUUUCCGUCUCGUUCUUCGUGGCCGUUUGCAUCUGGGCCUGUUUUAGACUGCGAAACCAACAUCGUUCUGAAGCCCUUUCUCUGCCGCACACCUCAAGACCCACUACACACAUUGAUCUCUCCUCCCCGGAGAAGAGCGUUCCAUCCACAAAAGCUGACUUCAUCGGGAGUCCAAGCAGUGGUUUCGGGACGAAUACGCCCACUACCUCCACAUUCUGUGAGGAAUUCGACUUCGUGCCCGCUGUUGUGCCAGUGAUCCACAGCCCUACGACAAUCAUGCAUCAUGGAGAUAUCAGCCCUUGCACCAAGGGUGCCUAUGGCAGUCCUCUCAUACGGGCGGGUUCACAGUUAGAUCGAAUUCCCAGCCGCCCUGAUUAUUUGAACUUUGUACCGAGGGUCCUGCUCACUGGGAACCUCCUGCCUCCGCAAGCAGUGGCAGUCUCGGACUCCAAACUGCUCCACUUCAACGUGUCCCACGGAGUGGCGAUGAAAACCCUUCCAGAGCCCGCUCCCUGCAAGAUGAGCCCGGCGGAGGCCUCUACUGAACUCGAGAAGCUGAUCCAGCAGGUCAACCUUCGGAUUUUCGAAGACUUUGACGCCGACGACAGCUUUACAGAAAGUGACAGUUCAUCAAUCCCGGAAGGCCUUUCGGGACUCACGGGGGAUCCUCUACCGUUUGGUGGUGCCCAGCGUUUGAUGCAGCCACAGUUACUCUUACCUCUCCCACUUCCCCUGCCCCGUUAUAACUACCGGAAACUUACUCCCCUCCGUCAAAGUCCAUCCAUCGUGUGA